AUGGGCAUUUUCCGUACCGUUCUCAUGAAUGCCGCCGGUGUUCAAAAGGAGGAGCCGAAGAAGGGAUCAUACGAAUGGAAGAAAGAGCACAUGACGCCGGAGCAGCUCGCCAGAACUGCCGAUAAUAAGGAGAAGUAUACAGGAAUCCCAGCGAUUCCAGUCGACAUUGGAUAUCAUGGUGGAAAGAAUGUGGGCGGCGCACAACAGACCGGUGUGAUGUCCAACGCUGCCAGCAAUCCAGGUGUCAUUCUUGGAAUGGGCCUCACAACGGCAGCACUUUUAGGCAUGUUCAAAUCCUCAUUCGUCGGAGACAAACUAGGCGCUCAAAAAAUGAUGCAAUACCGUAUUAUGGCCCAAUUCUUCACUGUCACCGCUCUAGUCGCCGGUGUGACCAUCUUCGGUGCCACGUAUGAAGACGAAGAGCAUGCACAGAAAUAG